AUGCACGCUGUCUCCAUCUUCCGUCCGACUCUGCUGCUCUGCUGGCUGUUGGACCCCCGGCAUGCCCAGGGCGAGACCCUUCCCCACAGCCCGGACCACUCCGUCUUGCGCCAGGCCCAACCCAUCGCCGACCUCCGCUCUGCUCAGCGUUUCCUGACCAAGUACGGCUGGACUGCAGCCCGCCCACCCGGAGCCUCGGGACCCCAUGUCUUUGCGGAGGCUGUGCGCGCCUUCCAGAGCGCCAACCGACUGCCGGCCACCGGGGCGCUCGACGCCGCCACGCUGCGCGCCAUGAACAGACCGCGCUGCGGCGUCCCCGACCCUCACAGCGUCCCCGGGCCCUCGGCAGCCCGGGCUCGUGUGAGACGCUUCCUGCAACGACUCCCUCUCCUGCGGGGCCGGGAGGAGAAGCCAGGGACCAGAGGGGCCGCCAGGGUCUUCUCCAAAAGAACCCUCAAGUGGAGGCUGGUGGGCGAGGGCUACAGCAGCCAGCUGUCCGCCGACGAGCAGCGGUAUGUCUUCAGACUGGCCUUCCGCAUGUGGAGCGAGGUGACGCCACUGGACUUCCAGGAAGACCUGGUUGGCCCAGUGGCUGAAGUGGACAUCAAGCUGGGCUUUGGAAGAGGCCGACACCUGGGAUGCCCACGGGUUUUCGAUGGGAGCGGGCAGGAGUUUGCCCAUGCCUGGCGCCUGGGUGACAUUCACUUUGAUGAUGACGAACAUUUCACUUCUCCCACCAGCGACAGUGGCAUUAGUCUUCUCAGAGUGGCUGUCCAUGAAAUCGGCCAUGUCCUCGGCUUGCCUCACACCUACAGGACAGGAUCAGUCAUGCAGCCAAAUUACAUUCCCCAGAAGCCGGCCUUUGAACUGGACUGGUCCGACCGAAAAGCUGUUCAGAGGCUGUACGGUUCAUGUGAAGGUGCAUUUGAUACUGCAUUUGACUGGAUUCACAAAGAGAGGAACCAGUAUGGGGAAUUCUUGGUGCGGUUCAGCACCUAUUUUUUCCGCAACAGCUGGUACUGGCUUUAUGAAAACCGAAACAACAGGACACGCUAUGGGGAUCCCAUCCAAAUCCUCACCGGCUGGCGUGGGAUCCCGACACAAAACAUCGACGCUUUUGUCCAUGUUUGGACGUGGAGAAGAGAUGAACGUUAUUUUUUUAAAGGACACCGGUACUGGAGAUAUGACAGUGACAAGGAUCAGGUGUUCAAAGAUGAACGAGGAACCCGCUACCCCAGACUCAUCUCUCAGGGAUUUCCUGGAAUCCCAAGUCCCCUGGACACAGCCUUUUUUGACCGACGAAAGCAACUGAUUUACUUCUUCAAGGAGUCCUUGGUGUUUGCAUUCGAUAUCUGCCGAAAUGAAGUGCUUCACUCGUAUCCGAAGCCGAUCACUGCCGUUUUCCCAGCCACAGCUCCCGGGAACCAUCCCAUCAGGAAUCUGGAUUCCGCGUACUACUCCUACGCCCACAACACCGUGUUCUUCUUUAAAGGCAGUAGCUACUGGCAAGUAGUGAGUGACCGGGACAAACGGCUCAACUCCCGGCUUCCUCCUGGCGGGCUACUCCCAAAGGGGCCCAUCUCGGGGAAGUGGCUCGAUGUCUGUGACGUCCACAUGUCCACAUUAAGCAUGUGA